CAUUCAUCCAUUCGUGUCAAUCCACCAAACAUCAGCAACGACAGUCUUGAACCGCUCAGUACAUAGACCGAAGCGACGACACUGCGAGGAAACUUUUGAAAAGCGCUACCUUUGAGCGUCACACCAACUCCACCAUGGCCGAGUCGACAGAACGCAAGUCGCGUUGGGACAACCCCGCUGAGGAGCCGGCACCCGGCGUGUCGGCCGACGCUGCUGCCCAGGCAGCUGCCAUCGCCGCCAAGAUCGCUGCGUCUCUCCGCCCCACCGGCUCUUCCGGCACCGAGCUCGUGAAGCGCGCCGCCGCCGAGGGCGAUUUUGUCAAGGACAUUGAGAUCAACGACUUGCGUAACCGUUACACCCUCACCAAGGCGUCGACGCAGAAGCAGAUUCAGGACGAGACUGGCGCGUCCAUCGAGACCAAGGGUAUCUGGGCUCCCGACCGCACGCGCAUGCCUCCCGGAGAGAUGCCAUUGUACCUCCACAUUGUCGCCAAGUCGCAGAUUAUCCUCGACGCGGCGGUGCGCGAGGUCAACAAGCUCAUCGACCAGGAGCUCGCCCCGCUGAUCGAGGAGCGUACGCUCAUUGCCCGUGCACGCGCAACCGGUGCCCCACUACCUCCCGGAGCUCUGCAGGGCCCUCAGCGCCAGAAGUGGCCCGAAGAGAAGCUCUUCAUCAACCUCGAGCCUUUGAGAAACUUCAACGUCAGGGCGAAGGUUGUCGGCCCAGGUGGUAUGUUCGUGAAGUACAUCCAGGCCGAGACCGGUGCCCGUGUCCAGAUCAAGGGACGGGGAUCCGGCUUCCUCGAGAACGAGACUGGCAGGGAAUCAGACGACCCCAUGCACAUCAGCGUUGUUGCCCCAAGAGAUGACCAGAUUGAGCGUGCCAAGACAUUGGCAGAGGACCUGCUGGUCGUCCUCCGCAUCGAGUACGAGAAGGCGAGGACUGGUGGUGGUGGCGGUGGUGGUGGUGGUGGCUACGGCGGCGGUGGUUACGGUGGUGGCGGCGGCUACGGCCAGGGCGACCAGUACGGCGGAUACGUGAGUGGUACUUUGUGUCUCUUGUCGACCACUGCUAAUGGACAGGACCAGCAGGCACAGGGAGCCGCUGCCCCAGCAGGUGGUGCCGAGGCCAACCCCGGUGCGGCACCAGCAGACGCCAGCAAUGCCGAGGCCUGGGCACAGUAUGCCCAGUACUGGGCCGCCUACGGCUACGACGUCAACGACCCGCAGUUCCAGGCAUGGCAGGCUUCGCUCCAGCAGGGUGGAGGUGCUCAGCAACCAUAUCGCAAGCAGCAAGCACGUAGGACCAACAUGUCCGACAGCGCUGCGAUGCAGCUCGACGACGAUGCGGGCCCACGCCGGCCCCCAUCGCCCCUCCAUCUCGACCUCGGCACUCGCGCGACACUACUGCGCGCCGACCUGCCGGGAAUCCCCAUGCCCGCUGUUGACUCGUUCGCGGCUGGCACCCCAACCUCCCCAGCCACACUGCUCGCCGAGCUCUCGGCUCUGGCAUCAAACGAGGCGCUCGCCGGCCCCGUGGCACGGCGCUUCGCGCCACUCCUCCUCGAUAUCCUCGCGCGCUGGCUCGACGCCCCAGCAAGCGAGGAGCGGCUCGCGGUGCUCGCGUCGCUGGCAGAGCCUAGGCCCGACCUUUGGCCGCUCAUCUCGGCGUACGUCGCAUCGCACUUCGCCACUCCGCUGCCACUCGACUCGGACGACGCUGCGCGCACCCAGCGCGUCCUGCUCGCGUGCUGGCGACUGCUGACCGCCGACCCUGCGCUCGCUGCGCGCGCCGACUGGCCGACAGCGCCGUUCCAUGCCCUCCGGGCCCAUGCCGAUGCCGGUGUCCGCCUGCUUGCCGUGCUCGUGCUCGCCAAGAUCCGCGGAUGGAGCGAGGCGGAGCGGCAGGAGAAGGAGCGCGAGUCGCUUGGAGAGACCGACGCGCCGGUCGUGCUGGGAUACUCGCUUGCCGACGGCGCGGCGCUGCCUACCGUCGUGGACGGCUGGGUGCUCCCUGUUAUCGAGGCACGGAGAGUAGCGUCCUACAGGGCCGACUGGGCCACUGUUGGCGAGGCCGACUCUGUGGCCGUCAGCGUCGACGACCUCACACCGCGCACCGUGGUUAUCGGCGACCACCUCUUCCUCCGGCACUCGGCACCGACGCCCGCGUCGCCGACAUUAAUCCACGUCGCGACGGCCGCGAUGAACGCUGCCAAUGAGGCUAUCGCGCCCCGCCUUGAGCGUGGCCUCCCGGUCCUCAUCUCCGCUCCACCAUCAGCAGGAAAGACGCACAUUGUGCAGCACUUAUCGGCGCAGCUGUACCCCUCUCACCUGGCCACCAGUCGCAUUCUGACGAUCCCGCUUGCCGACACCACAAUCGACGUCAAGAGCCUCAUUGGCACAUACAUUUCCUCGCCCACGAAGCCGGGUACCUUUGAGUGGAUGGAGGGUGCGCUCGCCAAGGCGGUGCGUGCCGGCCGCUGGGUCGUUUUUGAGGACAUCGACAAGGCCAGCCUCGAGAUGCUGGUCACGAUUUCAGGCUUGACCAAAUCGCUGCAUGUCGGCCGUGUUGGCCGCCGUGCGACCCUCGCCGUUCCGGGCCGCGAUGAGAUCGAGGCGGGCGACGGGUUCGCCGUGUUCGCUACUCGUACUGUCAGGCCUGACGCACCCACUCCGCCAACGUUCUUCGGCCACCAGGACUUUGUGGAGAUCCCGCUGGACUCACCUUCUGACGAGGACAUUUUGGCCAUUCUGACCGCCCAGUUUGGUCGCCUCCCUUCGUCGGUGGCCUCGGCCCUCGUCGCCAUCUGGCGCGACCUCCGUCCGCUGUCCAAAACCUCGGGCCAGGUCAAGGCGCGUGACAUCGGCCUCCGCGACCUCGAGAAGUGGUGCGCGCGUGUCGAGCGCGGUCUGCCGCCUGCUGCAUCCCUCGCCGCAUUGGAAGCUUCGGGUGCUGGCGCGUUUGCCAACUCGGUCUUCCAGGACGAGGUGGUGCUUGAAGCGGCAGACAUCUUCAUUGCGUCGCUCGAUAACCGCAAGGGCUCUGCCGAGAAGGAGAGCAAGAUGCUUGCGGUUAUCGCUGCCGGUGUCGGUAUGGACGAGGAGCGCGCCGUGUCGCUCGUUGCGAGCCGCCGCCCGCGUCUUGAGGCGGAAAAGGGUGCUUCCCAGAUUCAUGUCGGACGCUACACCAUCGACGCGCUGGUCGGCAAGAAGCGCCGUGUGGUGUCAGACGACUCGCGGCCCUACGCUCUCACUCGCCCGUCGCUCGUCACGCUCGAGCGCAUCGCUGCGGCGGUCGCGCUCGCUGAGCCGACCCUCCUCGUCGGUGAAACCGGUACUGGUAAGACGACGUCGGUGCAGCACCUAGCAACGCUCGUCGGCAAGCCCAUGACCGCUUUGAACCUGUCCACCCAGACCGAGACGUCCGACCUUGUCGGCGGUUUCAAGCCAAUCGACGCGGCGUCGGCGGCGCGUACCCUUCACACGCGCUGGCAGAAGCUCUUCACCGAGACCUUCAGCAUCGGCAAGGCCCAGAACGGCACCUAUCUCGAAGUGGCUGCCAAGGCCCUUUCUGCGCGCAAGUGGGGACGCUGUGCCGACCUUUGGGCAACGUCCGCCCGUCGCGCAGUGGACAAGCUCGCCAAGACCAAGGCGGAGACGCCUGAGCUUGACUCUGCUGACCCGCGGAAACGGCGCAAGGUCGCUGACAAGGCUGCACGCGCUGCCGUCCUGUGGCAAGCACUCCUCGUCGACAUUGCCGACUUUGACCUCCACCACGUCAAGAUGAAGUCCAAGCUCGUGUUCUCCUUCGUCGAGGGUCCGCUUGUCAAGGCCCUCAAGAAUGGCGAAUGGAUCCUGCUCGACGAGGUCAACCUCGCAUCGCAGGAGACCCUCGAAGCCAUCGCCACGAUCCUCGAGGCCUCCACCGCGUCCCUCGUCCUCACCGAGCGUGGUGACGUUGAACCCAUCCCCCGCCACCCCGACUUCCGCCUCUUUGCAUGCAUGAACCCCGCGACUGACGUUGGCAAGAAAGACCUCCCUCCUGGCCUCCGUUCUAGGUUCACCGAGCUCUACGUCCCUCCUCCUGAUGACGACCGCGAGGCGCUCAUCGCCAUCGUGGAGGGAUACCUUGGCGAUGCGGCAGCCGGUGACCGCGCCGUUAUCCUCGACGUUGUGGAGCUCUACACCACGCUCAAGCGCCUCUCGGCGACCAAGGAAAUUGUCGACGGUUCCAACGCUGCCCCGCACUACAGCAUGCGAACGCUCGCGCGUUCGCUCAUGUUUGCAGUUCAGUCGGCGCCCAUCUUCGGCCUCCGCCGCGGCCUUUGGGAGGGCACUCUCAUGGCGUUCACGAUGUCCCUUGACGCCGAGUCAUCGCGGAAGGCCAAGGAGGUGCUGGAAAAGUACAUCCUCGGGCCCAUGAAGAACGCUCGUGCCGUCCUGGCCCAGGUGCCUACCCUCCCUCCUGGACUCGACGCCGACGACUAUGUCCGUUUCGGCGCUUUCUGGCUCAAGCGAGGACCAUUGCCGCCGGCCGGCGAGUCACGGUACAUUAUCACGCCGUCCGUGCAGGCCAAGCUCUCGGACCUUGCCCGUGUCAUCCUGACCAAGCGGUACCCCGUGCUCAUCCAGGGUCCCACCUCUGCUGGUAAGACCUCUGCUGUCGAGUUCCUUGCGCGCCAAACGGGCCACAGGUUUGUGCGUAUCAACAACCACGAGCACACGGACAUUCAGGAGUACCUCGGCACCUAUGUCACCGACCCCCAGACGGGCAACCUCGUCUUCCAGGAGGGUUUGCUUGUCACUGCUGUCAGGCAGGGCCACUGGAUCGUCCUUGACGAGUUGAACCUCGCCCCGACCGAUGUCCUUGAGGCUCUCAACCGUCUCCUUGACGACAACCGCGAGCUGGUUAUCCCCGAGACGCAGGAGGUGAUCAAGCCCCACCCAAACUUCAUCCUCUUUGCCACGCAGAACCCUCCGGGUCUGUACGCCGGCCGCAAGGUCCUUUCGCGUGCCUUCCGAAACCGUUUCCUUGAGGUUCACUUUGACGACGUGCCAAAGGACGAGCUCGAGACAAUCUUGUGCCAGCGCUGUGCGAUCGCGCCGACGUACGCCAAGAAGAUUGUCCAGGUGUUUGAGGAGCUCCGUCACCGCCGUCAGGCGUCGCGUGUCUUUGAGUCCAAGUCCUCAUUCGCAACCCUGCGUGACCUCUUCCGAUGGGCCGAGCGUGGCGCCGUCGGAUACGAGCAGCUCGCCAACGAUGGCUACAUGCUUCUUGCGGAGCGCGCCCGUGCCGACGAGGACAAGGUCGUCAUCCAGGAGGUCAUUGAAAAGAUCAUGAAGGUCAAGAUCGACGUCGACAACAUGUACCAGCUUUUCGGCAACGACAACAUCUUCUCCCGCCUGCCCUUCAAGGAGGUGCCCAAGAGUGGCAUGGUGUGGACCCGCGCCAUGCAGCGUCUGUUCACGCUUGUCGCCACGGCAUCGGCGCACGACGAGCCGGUUCUGCUCGUCGGUGAGACGGGUUGUGGUAAGACGUCGGUGUGCGAGGUCCUCGCCGCUGCGUUUGGCCAGAAGCUUGUCGGCAUCAACUGUCACCAGAACAUGGAGACUGCGGAUCUGCUCGGUAGCCAGCGUCCGGUGCGAAACAGGCUCGAACGUCGCGCCAAGGUCGUCGCUCGUCUCAGCGAGCUGACCACUGUCGACCCGGCCGCUACCGAUGAUGACCUGGCUGCCCUGUGCUCUCAGCUUCUCAAGACUGAGGGUGUUGACCGUGCCACCGUCCUGGACAUCCAGCGCGAGAUCAAGAAGUUCUCAGCGCUGUUCGAAUGGGUUGACGGCCCACUCAUCCACGCCAUGACCGACGGCGACUUGCUCCUUCUCGACGAGGUCUCGCUCGCCGACGACUCGGUGCUUGAGCGUCUCAACUCGGUGCUCGAACCAGGACGUACCCUCGUCCUGGCAGAGAAGGGUGGCGUGGACAUUGACGAGGCGACCAUUGUCGCCAACCCCCGUUUCCAUGUCGUCGCGACCAUGAACCCCGGUGGAGACUUUGGAAAAAAAGAGCUCUCGCCUGCGCUGCGUAACCGUUUCACCGAGAUCUGGGUGCCUGCCCUCGGCAACCGCGAGGACAUGCUCCAAAUCAUCGGCCAGUCGUGGCGCCACGACGCGCUCAUCCCCUCCGGACCAUUGAUCCUCGACUUUAUCAACUGGUUUGGCGAGCGCGUUGGCGACUCGAGCGGCUUGGGUCUUCGUGAUAUCCUUGCCUGGGUCAACUUCUCCAACCAGAUGUACGACAGCGGCACUCUGUCCGUCCCCGCUUCGUUCCACCACGGUGGACAGAUGGUCAUUGUUGAUGGUCUCGAGUCGCUUCCUCAGGUCGCUGGCUCGUCGACGGCGACAGUGGCGACGCUCAGGAGGGAGUGCAUGGAGGUGCUCACCAAGAUGGCGUCUACACUUGGCGACGACACUUCUGCGCCGUCCGACGCCACGUUCGUAGUCACGCCGACUACUGUUUCGAUCGGCGGCUUCAGUAUUCAGCGCGGCGAGGUCCCCGUCUCGGACACGGCAUUCCGCUUUGAAGCCCCCACGACCGCCCUGAACGCCAUGCGCGUCCUCCGUGGCUGCCAGCUGCCCAAAGCCAUCUUGCUUGAAGGCUCCCCCGGUGUCGGCAAGACCAGCUUGGUCUCCGCCCUGGCCGCUACUGCCGGUGCUACCCUCCAGCGUAUCAACUUGUCGGACCAGACUGACCUCAUCGACCUUUUCGGCUCCGACUUGCCCGUUGAGGGCGGCGCCGCUGGCGAGUUCCAGUGGCGCGACGCUGCCUUCCUCGACGCCAUGCAGAAGGGCGACUGGGUCCUGCUGGACGAGAUGAACCUCGCGUCCCAGACCGUGCUUGAAGGUCUCAACGCCGUUCUCGACCACCGUGGAACCGUCUACAUCCCCGAACUGGGCCGCUCGUUCGACCGUCACCCAGACUUCCGUGUCUUUGCGGCUCAGAACCCGUUGACACAAGGAGGUGGACGUAAGGGUCUCCCCAAGUCCUUCUUGAACCGUUUUACCAAGGUCUACCUACAGGAGCACACCCCCGAGGACUUGCUCCUCAUCUGCCGUGGGCUCAACUCUUCCGCCCCUGUGGAGGUUGUCCAGCAGAUGAUCACCUUCAACGAGGCGAUCCGUGAGGCCACCAUGGUGACGCGUACCAUUGGUCGCGAGGGGUCGCCCUGGGAGUUCAACCUGCGUGACCUGUUCCGCUGGUUCGGUCUGCUCGCAAAGCGCAACGGUCUCGAGUUGACUGCGCAUCCGAUCGAGCACCUCCGCACGGUGUACCUCCAGCGCUUCCGCAACCUCGCCGACAGGGCCGCUGUUGCCCGUGUCUUUGAGUCCGUGUUCGAGAUGGCGCCAGAGUUUACCCGUCCUGUGCCGUUCGUCGCGCCUUCGUGGCUGCAGAUCGGACACGCCGCCGUUCCGCGCGCUCACGCCGCGACGGUCGACCUCGAGAUUGCGCCUCACCAGCUUCCUCUCGCCGAGAGCAUCUUGAAGACUGUCGAGAUGGGCUGGCUGGUCAUUCUUGCCGGUGACAAUGGCCGUGGCAAGCGUGACCUCGUCCGUGCCAUCGCGUCAGCUGCUGGCCGCCCCCUCGGCGAGUUCGCCAUGCACCCCGGUGUCGACACGUCCGAGAUACUCGGCACAUUCGAGCAGCAAGACGCCUUCCGCGUCAUCGACCACGCGCUGCAGGCUACCCGCCGCGUGAUGGAGAAGGCUGCCGAGGUGCACUCUGCAGCGUCUGCCCGUGUGGCGGAGCUCAAGGCUGCGAGGGAGCGCUGUAACGAUCCCCGCCAGCUCGACGCCGUUACUGCACUUGUCGAGUGCGCCUCGAGCAUUCUCGGCGAGCUCUCGACCGUUGUCGACACCACCGCAGCGCAGCACGCUGUUGCCGACGUCGCACGCGCGAGCCCCAACGCCUCGGGCUUCGCAUGGGUCGACGGCCAGCUCCUCGAUGCCAUCCGCACCGGUGGUUGGUUCCUGGUCUCGGACGCCAACUUGUGCAGCGCGUCAGUGCUCGACCGUCUCAACUCGCUCUGUGAGAUCGACGGUGUCCUCGUCAUGAGUGAGAAGGGCUCGGCGUCAGGUGUGCCGGAGGUCAUCACGCCGCACCCCAACUUCCGCCUGUUCAUGACCUACGACCCACGCCACGGUGAGCUGUCGCGUGCCAUGAGGAACCGUGGUGUCGAGCUCUUUGUCGACGCCCCGCCCGAGGCAUACGCCGUCAACGUGCCCGCUUCGUUCGCGCUCUCCGAGUCGGCGGUGCUCCGCUCCACGGAGAAGCUUCAUGCGUCGUACGUCCCGGAGGUCGCGGCUGCGCCAUUUGCCGCCAAUCUGGCCGCUCUUCAGAGCCAGGUGGCCCUGCCACUCCUCGCUCGCUUCGCCCACCUCGGCGACGAGAAUGAUGCCCUCCUGGCCCAGGCAGUGCAGUUCCUCGCCCAGCCCGCCGUGGCUUCGACUUUAGCGUCGUACGCGAACGGCCUCGCAGCGAAUGGCAUCACCCCGCCACUUGUCGCCGAGCUGCCUUUCGACGCUUCGCUCGACCCGAACGUCGCGCUGCCUGCGCCUUUUGCCCUCUUCCACGCUUUGCAGGUCGCCCUGCGCAACCUCGUUUCCAAGGAGAGCACCGACGCCUGGAUCGCAGACACCGCCAACGGCAAGUCGAUUCUUGCGCUCUCAGCCCACUCUGCACGCCGCGCGUCCUCGCGUCGCAAGCCCACCGUCGGUGACACGGUGUACCCUUUCCUCACCCUGCUCCGCGACCUCGUCCCCGAGCUCGCGCUGUCGUCCCUCUCCUCGGCCGACCCCGCCGGGCAGUUAGGCGCGACCGAGUCGAUUGCUAUGCUUCUCAACCUCGUAGAGGAGCACUCCAAGUCGGACACUUUCGACUACUCGUCGAUCCAGCUCCUCGCGUCCUGGCUCCAGGACCAACUUGCUCUGCUUCCUGCUUCUAUCACCAAGGCGGCUUUUGCCUCGGUUCAGAAGCUUGCCAAGGCCACGCAGUUGACCACUGGUCUCGGCCAGGCGCCGGUCUGGUCGCUCUUCCGUGCCGGUCAACUGUCUACGCAGGACCGCGCCACCCUGGCAUCUCUCGUCGCUCGCCUCGACGGUGUGUCUGACCUCAAGCUACGCCUGAACGCCGUUUACGCCCUGGCUGCUGCUUCCAAGAACCUGACCGAGGAGGUCGUUGCCGAGCUAUCCACGCUCAUCGACUCCCUUCCUCGUCGCCCCGUUCUCGAGGAGUCAACUGCGAGCGACAAGCCGUGGUCCAAUGCCGCUGUCGCUCGAGUCAUCGAGCUCGACCUCCUCACCGAGGUGGUUGUUCACAAGACGUCUAACGAGAAGACUCUGGCCCUGCUGGCCGGUUCCACCGACUCACGCCCGGAGGAUCUGCUCCAGAUCCAGGGUCUGCUCGGCGACGCCUCGACUGGACGCGUUUUCGGCGCCAUUGGCGGCUGGCUCCGCCGCCUGUGGCACGAAGGCAGCCCCGGCACGCUCUUCGCACCCGUCGGCCUCGCGUCGUCGCUCCGCUUCAGCGCCAUCAAGACAGUUCCAAUGGCCCAGAUCGCCGUCAUGGACGACGCCCUCAACUUCGCCACUCAGAGCACUCUGUGGAGCGCGGGCCGCGACCACGACCGCGUGAACAAGGCGCUCGGUGUGGCGCACGUUCUGCUGCUUGUCAUCCUCGGCGCUUUCGGUACCUCUGGUGCCGUGGACGAAGCUGGCAACCCUGUCCUCAGGCGUGACACCGCCCCUACGACCCGGGAGGAGGAGGCGGCCUUCGCCUACCUCCGGGAGUCAUUCUCCAACCGCCUUGCUCCCGCCCUCGCUGAGGCUCAGCGUGAGCAGAGCCUCACUGCGGCUGGUCACCUGUGGAACGGACUGUCGAGGUUCAUUCUUGACCUCUUUGUUACCAACGUCCCUAUCGACCCCGGAGUCAGGCGUGUCCUCCUUGGUGAGGUUGUCGCCUCCCAGCUGGCGCUCGCCGAGGAGGAGCUCGAUGUUGUCCGCCAGUCCGAAGACACCCUCAAGGGCGCCAGCGACUCGGAGCGUGCAGAUGCUCUGACUGAGCGCAUCGCUGCCCUUACGGCCGAGCAGGAAAACCUUGGCCCUACGAUCGACCGACCGACCAACGCUGCUCGCCUGGGACACCUGUUCAACGAGGUCUUUUCGUUCCUCGGCGACGUGUUCAGCGACAAGGGUGCUGCUUCGCUCGUUGACGCACUGGCUCAGGACCAGUCCAACGCUGCGGCUCGCGAGGACGCCUUCCAGCUCGCUUCGGGUGCUUUCGUUCAGCGCAUCACGGCCAACUACACCGACCUUGAGGACCUGUCGCAGCCUAUCGCGACCGCCAUCCUCUUCUCCAAGCUCGGUAUGCGGUGUCUUGCGCGUGCUCUUGAGCUGCGCAAUGCUGCACCCCCGGCGGCUGUCACGCCCAUCGUGUCGUUCCCGGCUGUCGCCUCGCUCCCUGUCCUGCAGUCUCUCCCUGUUCCCAAGGGCGAUCCCUCGGCGCAGGGUAUCCGCACCGACCUGCUCAUCACACUCGCGCAUGCCCGCGACGCUGUGCAGCCUGAGCAGCGCGUGGCCCACAUCCCCGGCCUCGUGAGCGGUCUCGACCGCCUCUACGCCACGUGGAGCGCUAUCCGCCUCCGUGAAGCCCAGGAGAAGCAGGAGGAGGAGAGUCUCUACCGUGUCCGCAAGACCGAUAUCGAAGUGCUCUCCGACGAGGAACUCGAGGAGAAGGAGUUUGCCCAGCUCUUCCCUACUUUCGAUGGCGACGACCUCGAGGAAAAGAAGGUUGAAGAUGAGGAGGAGCCGGUGCACAAGGGCAAGGCCAAGUUCAACUCGCCGCAGAUCUCGGCCUUCCACGCCCUGGUUGUUGGCUCCUUUGGGGCCAAGAACUCGUCUGCGCUCAACAGCACCCUCAAGGCUGCCAUUGAUGACGUGCUGGCGCUGUUCAAGCCCGACGCAUUCAAGGACGACCUUGACGCGAACUCGCUCGCGUUCCAGGUUGCUACGCUGCACCGCCGCCACGCCGACAUCAAGACGGCGAGUGCCAAGUCCAACUUCUACUUCUCGCCCAACGAGUUUGAGGUUCGCAAGGCCAACGCCAUUCUCGACCGCCUGCGCACACGCCUCGAUGAGCUUGUGGCUGAGUGGCCAGACCAGAUGGUCCUGCAGCACAUUCGCGACCGUGUGCUGCGUAUCCUCAACCUCGAUGUCCGUAGCCCCAUCGCCAAGGUGCUUGCGGCGCUCGAGUCUCUCCUGCUCCACACGGACGACUGGGAGCCGUACGCCAACCGUGACAACUCACUCAAGAACUUCCAGCUCGAGUUCUCGAGCCUCAUUGUCGCGUGGCGCCGUCUCGAGCUCGCGUCGUGGGUUCGCCUCCUCGACGACCAGGCCGACCUCUACGUUGUCCCCGACGAGGAGUUCACGCUCCGCCUGUAUGGCGCGCUUAUUCACGGCACCGUCGGCGCCGAGGAUAUCGACAAGUACCUUGAGACUGCCCUCCCCGUUGUGUCGCAGUACAUCACUCACGCGACCCUCGGCCAGUACGAGUACCGCCUUGGUGUGCUCUCUGCGUUCCAGCGCAUGGCGACCGAGCUCGUGUCCGCUGAGGCGACGGGCGCGGCUGCGCUCACCAAGAUUGCGAGCCUCCUGCGCAAUGUCAUCGCGAAUGCGCGCCUGUUCGCGCCGAACGUCGCCGAGUCCCUUCAGCGCCAGCGCAAGAUUAUCGACGGGGCGGUCAAGGACUACGUCAAGCUCGCGAGCUGGAAGGAUAUCAAUGUCUUCGCUCUCAAGGCUAGCGCCCAGAAGUCGCAUCGCCAGCUGCACAAGAACAUCCGCAAGUUCCGCGAAGUGCUCAUGCAGCCCGUCGCGCCGAUCAUGAUGGACAUGAACUCGGUCUGUCCACAGGACUCGGCGACGACUGUGGCAGCCGUGCGGACGAACCUGUUUGAAGUCACGCCGCUGAACGCUGCCGCUGUGGCUACGCGUACAGAGGUGCCGCCUGCCGUGCCAUCCAUCCUUGCCAAGCUGGACGAGACGUUUGCCCGAUACACCACGGUUCACACCCGUGCUCGCGAGGCCGUGAACGCUACCGAGUCGGAGCAGCUCGAGUCGAUGGCUAUCAACAUCAUCGAGUCGGCCGAGGACCUUCGCAAGGCCACCCCCGCCACUCUCACUAAGGAGAACACCAAGAUUGUCAACAACUUGACCAGCCGGAAACGCAAGGCGUUCGCCGACUUGCUCAAGUCGCUCCGCGCCUCGGGCUUCUCGCAGAGCGUGCCUGCCGACAAGCUUGCGCGCCAGCAGUCGACCACUUGGCUGGCUGGUAUGCAGGGUCUGGUGGCUACCGACCUGCCUGUGGCGUUCGACAUGGCGGCCGUGACCAAGGUUGCCGACUACUCUCACCGCCAGGCGGUUCUCAUGACGGCCCUGCGCGCUGCAUUCAACGGCCACAGCCCGGACAUUGCUUCGCAAGACCUGGCGCGCGGUAUCGGCUUUUGCGAGUCGCUGUUCAAUGCCGCGCUGGGCGAGCACGUCAUCCUCGCUACGCAGCUCGAGCAGCUCAACAAGCUCAACGCCAUGCUCCGCCGCCUGCACCACGGUGCGAAGGCCUCGGCCAUUGCGGGUGGUGCCGAGCUCCACAGCGCGCUCACGACUGCCGAGCUCGAAGUCGGCCACCUCCACGAGGCGCUCAAGGAGGUCGAGGACGGCGUUCGCCAAUUCCGCGAGCUGCAGGGCACCCACGUCGGGACGCACGACCUCGCGUCUGUGCAGGACUUGCGCCUCGAAUCGAGCCUUCUGGUGACCGCCCUCGAGGCGGCGCUGUCUUCUAGCCGCGAGGCUGGCUGGUCACUGUUUGGUCACGAUGAGGCGACGCUUGUCACUCGCGUGGCUGACCUUGCUCGGCGCGUCUCUGAGGCUGCUGAGGCUCGUGCCACGGCGUCACCUGAACUUCGCCACCUCUUUGCUCCCCUCCGUGAUAUUGCCCAGGCAAUGUCGGCUGCCAAGUCUCUGGACGCCGCCCAGCCGCUGUCUGAGUCUAUCUGGAACGAUAGUGACUCGCUUCUCCAGGCGCUGCUUGUUGUUGCUCAGUCUAUCGACACGACACCACAGGCCGAGGCCAAGGACGAUGAGUACCCCCAUAUCCCAACGUCGCUUUCGCGCCAGGCCAAGUCUGUCGCAUCGCUCCGCAUUUCGGAGAUUGUCGCGCGUGUCAAAGCCUUUGCGUCGACGCUGGCCGGCGAGCUCGACAACCACGAAUCGACCGCCGCUCCUGCCGCCCUCGCCCGCGUUCUUCCUUUCGUUGAGACGCUGGCCGAGACGUACGGCGCGGCAGUUGCCGCCCACGUGCAGUCUACCAAGUCAAUCUUCAAGCUGAACUAUGUGGUCGCCCGCGUCAUGCUCGACAUUGCGCAGAAGGGCUUCUGCAAGCCGCAGGAAGAGUCCAAGAACGACAAGGACGAUGGAGCGGACGGCGAGGUCGAGGGCACUGGUAUGGGCUCUGGAUCUGGCGACAAGAACGUCAGUGAGGAGAUCACGGACGAGAGCCAGGUCGAGGGCCUUCGUGGUGAAGAGGAGGAGGAGCAGGAGAAGGGCGACAACGACGAUGAUGAUGACGACGACGCGGUGUCGAUGGAGAACGACUUUGAAGGUGCCCUCGAGGAUUCAAAGGAGAAGGACGACGACGACAAGAACGAUGACGGCGACGAGGAGGACGACGAUCUCGACGAACACGUUGGCGAUGUCGACCCGCUCGACCCUGGAGCUGUCGAUGAGAAGUUCUGGGAGGGCGAAGAGGAGGAGAAGAAGGAAGAGGAGAGCCGUGAGGAUCUCAUGAACGAGAAGAACCAGGAGACUGGCGAGUCGGAGCUCUCGGCCAAGGACGGCCAGAAGGAGGACAAGAAGAAGAACAAGGACGAGCCGAAGGAGGAACCCGAGUCCAAGGAAAACGAUACCCAGCACGAAGAUACCCAGCAACCACAAGGCGAGGACGAGGAGGGCGAGGGCGACGAGUUUGAGGAGCACGACGACGGUGAGAUGGACGACGACAACGAGGGACCCGACCAGGCGCCGCAGCAGGACAACGUUGCCGCGCCCGAGGGCGAGAACCUCGACCUUCCAGAGGACCUGGACCUCGGUGACGACGAUGACGACAAGAUGGACGAAGACAACGACGAGGCUUUCGACGACGACAUCAACAUGCCAGAGGGAGAGGAGGAGGAGGGGAUGGAGCCCGAGGACAACGGCAUCACCUCUGACCAGGAGGGCGGCGAGGAUGACGAGAAUGCUCCGGACGCGACUGGCGCUACGGAGAACGACGCCGACCCUGAGCAGGAGGAGGCCGACACGCAGAACCUCGACAUGAGCGCCUCCAACGAUGCGACCGCCCAGGAGGCUGCGGCUUCUGGUCGCGGCCAGGGCUCCGCAAACAAGGAGGAGGCUGAGAAGGACGAGGACAUGGAGGGCGAGGAGGGCGCUACUGAGGAGCAGGAAGAGGCCGAGGCUGAAGCCGAAGGUGCUGCGUCCAGCGCGCCCCAGGGUGCAGGCGGUGCCGACGAGGAGGAGGCCUCCGGGCCAACUGACUCGAGCGGCGCCCCUCUGCCUGCCGAUCAGAACCAGCCUCAGGAGCGCAGCCUUGGCGACAUCAUGGAGGAGAUCCGACGCCGCCGCGACGAGAUUCUUGCCGAGACUGAGCGCGAGGAGGCCUCCGACAACCCUGAGGCUCCUGAGCAGGCGCCGGGCCAGGUCGAGUACAUGAACGACGCGGAGCAGGACGACAGCAUGCAGGCCCUUGGGCCGGCGCGCGAAGAGCAGCAAAAGCUCGAGGACCUGAAGAUUGUCGACGACGAGGAGCAAGCCGAGGAGGGCCCGCAGCCCGGCAUGGAGGACGACGAGGACACCACCGCCGUCCAGAACAUGCCCCCGCCACACGAUACCGAGGCAUCCAUUCAGCGCGACAAGGAGGAGGUUGCCGACUCUCUCAAUGCCGAGAAGGCGCUCACUCAGGCCGAGAUUGGCGGUGACGCCCCGACCCACGCUGCCGACGCCAUGGAUGUCGACGAGGGCGAGGACCUGGCCACCGAGAUCAAGCCCGACGUUGAGGACGAGGAGGAGAUCGACCUGACCGUUGCCGACCCCGCCGCCGUUGCCGAUGUCGAGGACGGCGCCGAGGACAAGUGGCGUCAGUACGCUGCCCUCACCUCCGACCUUUCGUACGCUCUCUGCGAGCAGCUGCGCCUCAUCCUGGAGCCCACGCUCGCUACCCGACUCCAGGGCGACUUCCGUACCGGCAAGCGCCUCAACAUGCGCAAGAUCAUCCCGUACAUCGCGUCCGAGUACACCAAGGACAAGAUCUGGCUGCGUCGCACCAAGCCUUCGAGGCGCGAGUAUCAGGUGCUCCUAUCGCUCGACGACUCGCGCAGUAUGGCCGAGUCGCACUCGGUGCACCUGGCAUACCAGACCCUCGCGCUUGUGUCGCAAGCACUCACCAAGCUCGAAGUCGGUCAGGUGUCGAUUGCCAAGUUCGGUGAGGGUGUCGACAUCCUUCACGACUUUGGCGAGUCCUUCUCGGACGCGGACGGUGCCAAGGUAAUGCGUGCGUUCAAGUUUGACCAGCACCGCACCGACGUUGCCGCGCUGGUGGAGCGCACCCUGUCUUACCUCGCCGAGUCGCGGAACAAGCAAUCGGCGAGCAGCUCGGCGCCGGACCUGUGGCAGCUGCAGAUCAUCAUCUCGGACGGUGUCUGCCAGGACCACAACAAGCUGCGCACGCUUCUGCGCCGCGCUCUUGAGGAGCGCGUCAUGAUCGUCUUCCUCAUUGUCGACUCUCUGGCCUCGACGACCACGGCGCCGUCCGCACCGACCAGCGGCGCCAGCACCCCCGGUGCGCCGCAGCAGCGCACGUCCAUCCUCUCGAUGCAGACGGUCAACUACACGAACGUUAACGGCGAGAUGCGCCUCGAAAUGCAGCGCUACCUCGACACGUUCCCCUUCGAGUUCUACGUCGUUCUCCGCGACGUCGAGGCUCUGCCCGCCGUCCUGUCCGACACCCUGCGACAGUGGAUGGCGCGCGUGUCGCAGUCACAAGAGUAAAAGCGGGCAUGAGGGCCCAGGAGUAGGAGUAAAAGUACACACUGUACACGUACGCAUCGUACACACUGCAUUUAUCACUUGCAUUCAUAGAGC